AACUGCAGCAUGGUCACAGUAAAAAGCAAUUUCUAAUACGUGGCAAGCUUUGUGGCCAGUGAGUGAGUGUCUUUUGUGAGUAAAGGUUGUUCUCAGGCAGAGGCAGUGUCGUGACGUCAGAGGCUCUAAGGAUACAUCAUGGUGCUACUGGCAGCAGCAGUGUGUACCAAGCAAGGCAAAGCGCUUGUGUCCCGGCAGUUUGUGGAGAUGUCACGAGCUCGAGUGGAGGGAUUGCUGGCAGCCUUCCCUAAGCUAAUGACUGGCGGCAAACAACACACCUUCGUGGAGACAGAGAGUGUUCGCUAUGUGUAUCAACCACUGGAGAGAUUGUACAUGCUUCUCAUCACUACCAAGUCUAGUAACAUCCUCGAGGAUCUGGAGACACUCCGCCUCUUCUCAAGAGUGAUCCCAGAGUAUUGCUCUUCUCUGGACGAAGGUGAUGUACAGGAACAUGUGUUUGAGCUCAUAUUUGCCUUUGACGAGAUCGUUGCCCUUGGUUACCGUGAAAGUGUGAACCUAGCACAAAUCCGCACCUUCACGGAGAUGGACUCUCACGAAGAGAAAGUGUUUGAAGCCAUGAGAAGAUCUCAAGAGAAGGAAGCAAAGGACGAGAUGAAGCGACGUGCUAAAGAGCUAGAGAUGACUCGGAGGGAGGAGCGUAAGACUGGACGCAAGGCGUACACUGGUGGCUUUGGUGGAGGGGGCGGAGGGGGUGGCAGUAGUUAUGGUGGAGGGGGCAGCAGUGGUUAUGGUGGAGGGUCAGGAAGAAGCUCGGCAGCCGAUAAUCCAUCUCACGAGACAAAGUCAUACAACGCUGCUCCAAGUCGUGGGCGUAAGGCUGGAGGGGGUAUGGUACUCGGCAAGAAGAAGAAAAAUAUUGACAAUUUCGUGGGCCUGAUUGAGGCAGAAGGUGGAGUGGUGACCAGUGUUAAUGCUCCUAGGCAACCAUCAUCAGCUGUAGCUGCUACCACACAAGCACAAGCCCUUCAAGAGAGUGUCCACCUCAAGAUCUCAGAGAAGCUUAGUCUAGUGGCAGGCCGUGAUGGUGGUCUACAGAGCAUGGAGGUGUUGGGGAUCAUCACACUGCGUAUCUCAGACCCUGCUGUUGCUAAGCUACGCGUCAACCUCAUCAGGGACGAGCAGAGGGCAGUCCAGUUUCAAACUCACCCAAAUGUGGACAAGACGCUGUUCAACGAUAAGAGUGUUCUGGGUCUGAAACAACCCGGGAAGCCGUUUCCUAGCAACCAGGACGUGGGCGUACUCAAGUGGAGACUAGCCACUACAGAAGUUGACCUAAUGCCGCUGACCAUUAAUUGCUGGCCAUCAGAGAAUGGAGGGAAGUGUGAUGUCAACAUCGAAUAUGAGCUGAUGCAGGACUAUCUUGAGCUGCAGGACACCGUCGUCACUAUCCCAAUACCGUCUGGUGUGGGUGCUCCAGUGGUGGGAGAGGUCGACGGAGAGUACAACUAUGACCCUAGGAAACACGUGCUGGAGUGGAGGGUGUCGGUCAUUGAUGCUAGCAAUAAGACAGGGUCCAUGGAGUUCAGUGUACCUGGGUUGCCUAGUGACUUCUUCCCCAUCAAGGUCUACUUCAUAUCCACCAAGUCCUACUGUCAUGUGGAGGUGGGCGGAGUUACAGACACGGAAGGGGGCGGGGCAGUCAAGUACUCCUCGGAUGUUCUGUUCUCAGCGGACAAGUUUGAGAUAGUCUAAUAAGACACAAUAACUAGACUAGGCGUAAUCAAUUUGGUUUUGUAAUUAACUUGGCCCAAACGCAUGUGCCAGUUUGAGACUGUACUACUGUACAUGUGUUACCGUUCUCUAUUCAUUCUGUCCAGUUAUUUAUGUCGAUAAUUAUUUUAUCAAAUUUGA